AUGUCACUGUGUUCGUCUCAUUUAUGUCGUCAGCGUAGUAACAGUCCGUGGCAAAGGCUUUUACUUGCAGCUGUUUGUAUUGUUCGGAAAUAGGGUAUCUGCAUACAAACCAAAGCGAUAUUUAAAUGUCAGAUCGAUUGUCUUGUUUGUUGUUAAUAACAUCGAUUUCAAUUAUAAUGAAAUGAGGAUGUCUGUAGUUUACUAAAUUUCGUUACAUUUUUCUAAAGAAUUUGUUAUAAUUACGUCUUUAGUGAAGAGAGACUGAAGGGAGUAAAUUACGAUUCAGUCUAUUGCCAAUUUUGAUGCUUAUUCUGCUGUAAUGGGGGAUUCUAUCGAUAAUGACUUGACCUUCUCUGAUCUUGAAGUGGAACGUGUACUACUUGUGUUUCCUGACUCAUCAAGAUCAUGUGUUGAUGUAUGGAAUGAUAAACUCAAGAAUGGAGUUCUAUCAGGCACACACUUUAAGGAACAUUGGCGAAUCUGGGUUCCUAAAAUUUAUAGCCCUGAACCUUAUGGAAAUAGCCUUGAUUGGAGUUAUGAUGAAGCCAAAGCUCAGGAGGUUCUGUUUGAUACUCUGGAACAGUUCAUAUGUAAUGGUGAUCCACAAGAGGUUCUGACCAAAUUGAGCCAGUUGGAUAGUCCGCCAUCAGUCUGUGGGCGAGUGUUCAAGAUGGGAGAACCAACAUACAGUUGCCGUGAAUGUGGUAUGGACCCUACGUGUGUCCUUUGUGUGGACUGUUUCAAGCAGUCUGCACAUCGCCAUCAUAAGUACAAGAUGGGAACGUCAAGUGGGGGUGGCUGCUGUGACUGUGGUGAUACAGAAGCUUGGCGGUCAGAACCAUUCUGUGACAUACACGUAGCUGGAUCAGAAAUAAGACCAGAUCCAGCUGGACAUCAUCUGCCGGACGAUCUCACCGAGCGAGCCCGAGCUGCAUUCACGGCUGUGCUGAAGUACGCAUAUCAGUUGCUUACUCUGGAGUAUACUACGGGCCUGCCUUCUGAUCUGCAAGUGAAGGAAUCUGAUGAGAAUCUCUUUGGCCUGUUUAAUACUCCUGAUGCAUACUGCACUGUUCUAUUCAAUGAUGAAAGUCAUACUUUUGAACAGGUGAUUACUACAUUGGUACGUGUUGUUAAGUGCUCACAGAGGGAUGCCAUUGAUUUUGUAACUAACACUGACAGAGAAGGAAGAGUUGUUGUCAAAUGCUCUACCUUCCAGCACUGCACUGAACUCAAGACAGAUAUAGAACGUUUCACAGCUCGUCAUGGAAAUCGUCCGUUGAAGGUGCUGGUGGUGCAUACACAUGUGAUAGCCCAUCAGUUUUAUGCAAUGAAACUUUUGGAUUGGCUGCAAAAGAUCCUUGGAUAUGCAGAGGGUUUCCGUGUCCUAUUCAGUGACGUGGCUCUCCAAAACAAGGCACCUGAUGCUUCCAUUGUGGAGGGAAUUCUUCUGCUUGACUCUCAUCUUUGGAAAUCUGCUCGAACACAUUGGCAUCGCCUUAUCAUCUCAGGCAUGUUGAUGGAGUACGAGAGCAAGAAAGCAUUUGCUAAGGUCUUCACAAAGAAUUAUGGUUCUGUUCUCAAGGAUUUCAUGAGAGAUGAUCAUGAUCACUCAUUCUCAGUAGCUUCUAUGUCUGUUCAAGUCUUCACUGUCCCAACAUUAGCUCAUUAUUUGAUCGCUAAUGAUGAUGUACUGUUCAUUCUUCUUAACACAUUUAUUUCUGAAUGUACAAGAAAAUGUAACAAAGCUGGAAAACUGGAAUUUGAACGAAAUGUUCCAACUGGCACCUUCAAACGUGCUCAUUAUAUACUUUAUGAUUUGAAGUAUUUACUCAGCUCAAAACCUGUAAUGUGGACUGAUGCCCUUCGGAAAGGGUUCCUACAAGGAAUAUCGCUGCUUUUGAAUCUUCUGACGUUCAUGCAAGGAAUGGAUAUGGUGACAAGACAAGUAGGCCAGCAUAUGGAGUAUGAACCAGAGUGGGAGACUGCAUUUAAUCUUCACAUCAAAUUGGCUCCUGUAAUCACCCUUGCCUUAGAAUGGUGUGGCACUGACAAGAUUGUACUUAUCAAGGCAUAUCGGGCGACCUUAAAAAAGCUUUAUGACAAUCCAAGCUUUGAUCCUAAUCAAGCUGGUGAGGUGCGAGAGCUGGUUGACCACAGUGCUACAUGCAUCCAGUAUGAUGUUGCAACACAGCCAGUGUCCAUCCAUCUACCUUUGUCUCGAUUUCUAGCAGGUCUACAUAUCCACUUGGAAAAAUUUGGGCUUCAUUUUGACAGCCAUGAACUUCAAGUAACACCCAGACCAACACCAGAGCAACUGAUUGAACCAGUGCUACGAACGCAAGUAAUGAUCUCACAAGUACAUGCUGGAAUGUGGCGGCGUAAUGGUUACUCGCUUCUGAAUCAGUUGUAUUUCUACCAUAAUGUAAAGUGCCGUUCUGAGAUGUUAGAUCGUGAUAUUGUCCUCCUCCAGAUUGGAGCUUCGUUGAUUGAGAGUAAUGAGUUCCUCAUUCAUCUUCUCAACAAGUUUAAUUUGAUCAAUUGGGCUAAUCCUCAGUUUGAACUGAACACCUUGAAGAAUCCAGAAGAAGACAGCAUGAGACAGACAAUUAGUUUAGUUGAAGAAUUCUUAGGAUUGCUCGUCAUUUUGGUGGGUGAGAGAUAUACCCCAGGCGUCGGGAAGAUCACUUCUGAUGACCGAAUUAAGAAGGAACUUACCCAGCAACUUUGCAUCAAGCCCCUGUCUCACUCUGAGCUGAACAAAACAUUGCCUGAUGAUGUAAACUAUGAAACUGGUAUGGAAAGAGUUAUAGAUCAAGUUGCUGAAUUCAAGAAACCAGGACAAGGAUCAGGAAAGGGCAUCUAUGAACUGAAGACUGAACUCUAUUCUAACUACAAUGUUUUCUUUUACCACUACACAAGGGAGGAAUUUUCAAAAUCUGAAGAGACACAGCGUAAGAGACGUAAAGCUGCAGGUGAACCAGAAUGUUGCCCUCCACCACCACUACCACCAUUGACAGAUGCUUUUAUGAUGAUGGCGAAUUUGCUCCAAUGUGACGUGAUGCUGCACAUCAUGCAGAUUGUCUUGGAACGCAGCAUCAAUCUCCGAGCUAGAAGUUUCUCAGAAACUCAGUUGCACAAAGUUCUGCAUCUUAUUGGCUACGCUCUACAGGAAGAAGAAAAACAGUAUUGCCAGUUUCUACUUUUUACUGAACGUGCUGAGAAGUGGAGAUUGGAGCUGCUUAUAGAAGAAUUAUGUUCAAGUGCUAGAGUUGAAGCACACAAAGAUUUGCUGGUGUGGACGUUGGCUAAAUACCGACAAAUAGCAGCACCAAGAAGGCAAGGAGGUCCAUCUACUACUGUUCCCUCAACACUUCUGCAGGAAACAUCUCAAAGUGAAGGUACAGCAAAGGAGGAGAAAGAAUGGCGAGCUAUGAUGGCCGCUCAAAAGAGAGCAAAGAUUAUGGCCCAGAUGACAGCCAUGCAAAAGAACUUCAUGAAAGAGAAUGCCAAGUUGUUUGAAACUACUGUGUCUGAAGUAGGAAAAAUGAGUGACCUGAAAGGCUUACCCAUGGAUCUUUCAGAGAAUAUGGAGACAGCACCAGUGGCAUUAGGACCAAAUCAAACAAGUAAACCUAUUAUUGAACAGCAGUAUACUUGCAUCCUUUGUCAGGAAGAUCAAACUGUAUCUGCAGAUGGGCCAGCAUUGUUGUUAGCUGCUUUUGUCCAGCAAUCUACGGUCCUUUGUCAGCACCGUAAAACAGAAAACCUGGACAUGGAAGAAAGCGGUCGGUAUGAUCUUCCAGAUCCCCUGUUUCUUCCUGCUUCAGUGGGCCCUGCUCCACAUACUGGCACGUGUGGUCAUGUUAUGCAUACUCAUUGCUGGCAGAAGUAUUUUGACAGUAUUUUGGCUAAGGAAAACAGACGGCCUUAUCGUCUCCGUCAGCCUAUAAGCUUUGACAUAGAGAAGCAUGAGUAUCUCUGUCCCUUGUGUGAAUGUCUCAGCAACACUGUAUUGCCUCUAGUUCCACCUCUUGGAACUUUUCAGCCACAGUCUAAUCAACAUGCCCAGAAAAAUGUAACUUUUGAGACUUGGUUACAGGGACUUAAGAUAGCACUGAAAUACAAGAAGAAACUUCCCAGUGGUGUUAGAAAGCUGGAGGUAAGGCGAAGUUCACGAAUCCAGGCUCUACAGGGACGGGAAGUUACUUUAAACGCGACCUCAGAAGAAAAUCAGUCUGACUUCCAAGGUUUUGCCGAUGAUGUAGAUUCUCAGCCUGUUCAGCAUAUGCUUUAUACGUGUCCCAUAGAUCAAGUGUCCAUUGAAUUGGGUGAUUCAGGGGCAGACUUUGCAUCCCUUUUCCCAUCUAACAGAAAUCUUGCAGAUAAACCAUGGCUUUCAGAAAAUCUUGAGGAGAUGAUCAUCUUGUAUUCUCAGGCUACAUACACAAAAGGUCUAGGUGUCCAUCCUCACAUCGGCGACUCAAGAGUACCAUUAAUGAUAUGGAAAUCAUGUGCAUACUCUAUCCAUUCUCUGGAAUGUCUGUUGCGAGACAUGGAGAAACCGUUGCUUGGAGACCUGUCUUGUCGUCACCGGGACUGCUUAGAAAGUUUAGUUCGUAUUGUUGGCGUAUUCGAUGCCGUAUGGAAACGACCAGAAGUUACGAGCAGCCAUGCUCUUCAUAUACUGUCAUUGAUUCUUGAGAAUCCAUCUGAUGGUCCAUGUAUUCUUGACUGGGAUUGUUUUGGAGUACUUGUCCCUCUAACGUUUUCUCUUCCAAGUCUUUUCUUGAGUGAUCAACCAACACCAGUUCCUUCUGGAAAUGUGCAAGAGUUAAACAUACUGAAACUCAUGCUUCUGUCACAUAUUGUGAAAAUUUUAUUGACGGUUGAUUUCAAUGAAAGAGAAGAAGAGCCAAUGGAUGUGGAAGAAGUAGGUGAAGGUGACCCAGCAGCAAAAAGUAAUAUUCUAGAGCUUCUGCAUGCUGUUCGGAAGGUCGCAGCAGUACCUAGUGAUGAAAAUGCAGUCCAGUUGGAUGCCCGCAGUGUAUGGACAAAGGUUAAGAAUGCUUGUAUUCCAUUCCUCCGUUGUUGUGCUUUGUUUUACCAUUUUCUUGUGGGCGUUCCUGGUCCAUAUGUGCUUAUGGAAGUUGGAGGAGACACAUUUGAAAAUCUUUGUGCCUAUUUGGGUCUCCCAAAAUCAUACCAUGAAUUAGUAUCUUCACCGGCUGUUUUUGAUCUUUCAAUGAAAUGGGCACAUCAUGAGAAGGUGCGCCGAUACGUGUCUGGGGCAUCAAACUUGAGUCCAGUUACUGUCCCUCUGCCAGUAAACCAGUUAGUAUCUCUUCCUGCAGACUACAGUGAACUUAUCAACACGGUGUCACUCUUUACCUGCCCAAACAGCGAGCGUGAAGACUCACGAAACCCAACUAUGUGUCUGGUAUGUGGUCAGAUGCUGUGCUCUCAGAGCUAUUGCUGCCAGACAGAGCUGAAUAGAACUUUAGUUGGAGCAUGUACUUACCAUGCCCAUGAAUGUGGUGCUGGAGUUGGAAUAUUUCUCCGGGUGCGAGAAUGUGAGAUUCUUCUCCUCGCCAGUCCAAGUAGAGGCUGCUUCAUGUCUCCUCCGUACCUUGAUCAGUAUGGUGAGACAGAUCAAGGUUUGCGGCGGGGAAAUCCACUACGACUGUGUCUGGAAAGGUACAAGAAACUGCAGCUGCUAUGGUUAGGUCAUGGCAUUCAUGAGGAAAUUGCAAGAGCCUUGGAAUCUAAUACCAGUAUAGUACCCACACAGUGGCAGCAUCUGUAGAUAAAAUGUAAGGGUUUCUGGAAGUCUGAUUAGUUGGAAAGUGUGUGGGAGUUGUUACUAUACAGUAAUGGAAGUUAAUCUGUUCCUCAGUUUGUUAAAUGGUAUUAUAUAAUGUCCCCCCAUCACUUGAUUGUUGUGUAAUUCUAUAGGUUUGUUAACGUUGUCCGAUAUCAAGAUGCUUUUUGGACAUUGUUCUUUGUCUGUAGGUGUUCCAGUGACAAGGACUAGCUUUGUUAAAUCAGCCCAGCUUAAUAGGUAUUUCCUCUCAUUCAUUCUGACCUGAAGAUGGAGACAGAGCAAGCUUACAGAAUGUUAUAUGCAUACUGUUACCUACCAACAUUGUCCAAGGAACAUCCUUAUGUCACUCAGUUUGUUCUUUUUAUCUUUGUCUUAAAGUUCCCAGAUAUUUUCCCUCUUUCUUUCAUGCUAUUAAAGCCCUUUUUGUUUGUAAUUCUAUAAAUUAUAUGGAUCUUUUAAUAUAAAGAUGUUAUAUAAAUGUUUGUGCUUCUUCUGCGCAAUAAAUAGUUGCAUGUUGUUUCAUGAUAGUUAAUUUUUAUUUCACUUUCAGAUCAUAUUAUAUAGAAUGCUAUAAUAACUUCAGGCCAAUAUCUGUCGCACUUAAUACGUUAGGUUAUUCUGGUUCACAAAAUCGUAAAAGUAUGAAAUUACAAAAUCAGACGAGGUCUGUAUAGAAAGGCAGCAUAAUAUAAUGCAAUUGAUUAAGUGAAUGCUGAAAGGGUAUGCACAUUUAAAUUAGAGAAAUUAAUUGCUAAUGUAGUAUUUGAGGUUCUGAUAGUGAUGAGUACGAAGGUGGCGGUUAUCUUCUGGGUUUGAGCACCAUGUAGUCUGGUAUAAGUUUACCAUAAUUUCAGAGGUCUUUGCUGCUUCCAUUGUCAGGGUGAUCACCCUGAUGAUGGCAAGAACCUCUGAAACAUUUGUAAACUACUACCAAAUUACAAGAUGUUACAACCCAGUAGAUAGCCAUCUUUUAACUGCUAAGUUUCGAUACAAGAAAGAACACUGCUAAUGUUAAAUUUCCAAAUAAUACAAAUGACAACCCACGUAAAGCAGAAAUGUCUUCUUAAGAGGAAUAAAAUGAAGUAUAAAAUAGAUACAAUACUUUUAUU